AUGGCCUCCAAACAAACCAUUAUCUCUCCCUAUGUUAACAUUAACGAGAUCAAUCCUGCUCUGGAUCACUACAAGAUCAGGGUUCGUGUGAUAAGACUUUGGAAAGCAUUCAAAUCCCUGCAGAUGGUUUUAGUCGAUGAUGAGGGGACAAGAAUUCACGCGUCUAUUGAGGAUGCAUUGGUGAAGAAAUUUCAUAACCAGAUCAAUAUUGGUGACUCAAAAAUAAUCGAUACUUUCAGUUUGGUCGAUUAUGACGAUGUGGUGGGCCAAAUUGCCGGUGUUGGUUCUCUUGAUAACAUAAAAAUCAAAGGAAAGGACAAUGUGAAGAUAACUUUUGACUUGCAAGAUUUAAGGUAUUUGGUUCACAACGAGGAGAAUAUACAGCCGAAGGUAACUUUGUAUGAGGAGUUUUUCAUGAAAAAUGAAAAGAAGACUAUCGACGUCAUCCUAUAUUCAUUAGAGGUUCGUACAUGUGUGACAAUUGGAACGAUCUGUUCGGUUGAGACAGUGCCUAAGUGGUAUUACAUUGCAUGCAAAGAAUGUAGAAAGAAGGACGAUCAAAACAUUAUGCCCGUAUGUCUUUCUGCUCUAAUCGGGAAGACAAUGCUCUUUAAAAUUUCUGUCACAAUUGAUAACUUGAAGAGUGACAAGGCUUCUUAUGUUGUUGAAAAGUUUUGGGAAAACGAAGAUAUGGUAAACCAGUUUGUCAAGGAAACUUACAGAAAGGCUAAUGAUAAUUAUCAAGAACUAGAAUCAGAUGAUCAAAUUCUAGGACUUACAUCGGAGGAAUCAACAUCUCUUUCGUCAAAGAGGGAGCUGUCUGGUAUCAAUGAAGAAGUCGUACAAGGUCAUAGCAUGACUACUAGGAAGAGGAUCAAGAUUGAAAAGCAAACUUAG